AUUUGAUGGUAGAGAUUUUUAUUGGAGCAAAAUGUAAUGACAUUAUCAGGCCGGAUGUGUGAUCCACUUACCUGUCAGCUGUAAUCUGAUCUUACAUCUCAAAUACAUGUACAUGGAGCCCGAAUUGGGAAAAGAUGUGUCGUCUCUUGGAAAACGAGCCAAUUCUGACUCAAUUUCGCCAGCUAAAGACGAAACAUGGACUGAAUCUUCGGUUGUGAAAUCGAAAUCAAACCGCAAUUCACUCAUAGAAACCACAUCGAAUUUAAACACAAUGAGCUCACCGAGUACAUUCGCUGGGGAUCCAUUGAGUGGCAAUAGUAAGAGGAAUAGUGCCGUGUUCAUUAGUACAUGUGUGGAUGCAAAUCGAGUGUCGUCUAUAAAAACUGACACCACUACCUCUGAUUUGGUCACGAGGCCAUCAAUAGAUUCAGUCGAAGAUGACGAAGACAACCGAUUUGAAGGUAGAGUAGGAAGUCACGGUACGAACUCCCUUAAUAGACAAGAUCUUUUUGGGUUCUCAUCUCCAACGGGAAAGAAGUUUCAAAUUGGCGAGGAGGAGGAACAACUAUCUGAAGACGACGCCGCUUUCGAAGACCAUCCGAUCUCAUCCGAAGACAAUGACGUCAUUUUGAACGACCACGAUGAAGAUGAAGAAGACGAUCUAGAAACAGAUGAAAACGGUAUGCACCGAAUGAAGUAUCACAUCACGUUGACUGAAACUGAUUCAGUGUUUCCCCUUAAUUUUGCGUCUAAUUCGACGACCAUGCAAUCUAACAGUGUUGGAGGGAACUACAAUUCGAAUGACAACAGCUCACUGUCCAGAUCAGGCGCGAGUAUUGCCUCCUCUCUGGCUUCGUUCUCUGGCAACAUGGAAAUGUCGGCGAGUUGUGCGACUGGAGACACAGUGUGUCUAGCCAUGAGCAAUGAAGUGGACUCUGAGCCUGCGCAGUAUGUGCUGAAGAUGAUCCUGGCACAGUUUAUGUCCACUACUAAUCUGAAGAUAGAGGAACUCCUCCUCAAAGACAUUCAAUACCACUCUUGCAAACCACUCCAGUUUGGCGAAGACCCGGUGUUCGACCAGCUAUUGGAGUCAUUAUACGAAGUAUCGGAACAUUCGUUACCCUCCAUUCUGCGAGGUUUGUUCCACUGGUACGACAGUCUCACUUCUAGUGUCUCUAGGAACCAGACUCUGGCUUGGCUGGCUAACUCAACCCACUUGAGUGCAUCGUCUGCCUAUAAUCAUCAGUUGAUUUUGGACAAACGAGAUCUGUAUUUGGACUUCGCCCUCGGAAUGGGACUCCUACAGGCAUGCAAACAGUUAGAGAAACACCCCGUAGAAGAGGAACUUCUGGUGAAGAUAGAAAGCAUACCAUUUAAACACUACUUCAAAUCAUCCCAGAAGAGACGCAAUGCGGCAUCGAAACCAAUUCUGUUCGCGCUAGUUAACUUGGUAGCAGAUCUCUACGCGCAGCUGAUUGGAGAGCUGCUUAAAACCAGAUUUACUCCAAUCACCAGCUGGUUCAAGUCAGAGUUCAGAGCCCUGAAGAGGACGGAGACGUCGGCUGAGAGAACUCAGUCUUUUGUCUACCUCAUCAUGGGGCUUCGCUUCUUCCGAGUGAAAAUGUUUCCCAUACAGGAGUUCGACAUGUCUUUCCAGUUUCUCCACGAGCUGGCUCGAUACUUCCAAGACCCAGUGCUAAGUAAAGAAAAAGAAAUCAGACACGCUUUUGCCGGACUACUGGCUGAGAUCCUGCUUCCAGUGGCAGCUGUUGUGAAGAAUGAAGUAAACAUUCCGGCUGUGAAAAACUUAGUGAAGAGCUACUUCGACAGCACUCGUGAAGCGUCGAGCAAAAAGAAACAUGCAGUGGCGAUGUUCCCUUUAGUCACGUGUCUUCUGGCCAUAAGCCAUACACAGUAUUUCACACAGCAGUGGACUAGUUUUGUGAGCGAAUGCAUCGCUAGUUUGAGAAACAAAGACACGAAAAUAAGCAGAGCGGCACUGGAGUCUUUAUACCGUUUAUUGUGGGUGUAUAUGGUGAGAAUCAAAGAGGAUAAUGUUAAUUCUGGUCAGAAACUUCAACCCAUUAUCAACGCACUCUUCCCAAAGAACUCGAGAAAUUUGAACCCACGUGAUAUGCCUCUUAUGAUAUACGUCAAGAUUAUACAUUUCAUAGCGCAAGAGAAAUUAGACUUGGCGAUGCGAGAAAUCAUUUUUGAGUUGCUGCAAAUUCCCAAGUUACCCAAAAUUGCCAUCACCCCUGAACGAAUGAUUGUAGGAAUCAGAGCGUUCCUGGUGAUUGCGGACCAGUUGCAACAGCAACCGGUUGAAAAGUCGCCUCCCAUGCCUACUAAUAGUGGCAACCUUCCCUCUGGUAGCGCCCAGAAAUUGAAGAGAACUUUUUUGAGUCACAAUUUGACAGAGAUAGCGGCCAUGAAUUAUGGACUGGGCUCAUACUAUGGACCUGUAUGCAAAGCUCUGGGUGUUAUUUUGUAUCACCUAGAUCAGCAAAUUGGAAAACCCAUGCUAACGCAUGUAAUGAAUUCUUCGCCGACUAAGGAGCACAGAGAUAUUUCAUCUGCCCUUGCUGCAGCCGACAAGAAGCCAAAACUAGACCUUUUCCGAACAUGCAUUGCUGCAAUACCACGACUCCUCCCUCUGUCACUAACCAAUACUCUCGGAGGAGGGUCUCAGACAAUACCAACCACAACAGGUUCCAUCUCGUCCAGAAGAGAAGUGCUCGAUUUGCUGUGUCGACUAGCAGAUCACUCGGAAGAUGAGUUGAGAAGUCUGGCUAUAUCUCACAUGGGAAAUGUUAUCAAGGAGUUACGCGACUGGAGGCCAGAUGUCAUUUCAAGGCUGGUUCUUUUCAUAGUCCGUGACAUCCCCGACACGAUGCCGGCAACGAUUGAGUCCAUGAUUCGCAUCUUGAUUCAGCUGAUCUCCAAGUGGAAAGAGUGUUUGCAAUCGGAACAGUCGUUUGUUCCGGCAAUGCCGACCUCAGCUGGAACUACUGUAACUAGUAAAACAUCACCCCCGCCAUUGAUUACUCCCAACAACACAGCCUCCACUAACGAGGGAAGUUCGAAGUCCAAAUCGAACAGUCUGAAACUGGAAGACAUGGAAGCAUGCGCCAGUUCAGUUAGGAAGAUUGAAGGUCUAGCUCUUUGUAUGUUAUGUCAUUUGAGGCCUAAUACACGACGACUGGCAGUGAUGCUGCUGAAGGAAGCCCAUUCGUUGGCCUCAGAUUUGAAAUUAACGAAUGGUUUGAAUUUCGUGCCCUGUAUUGUGAAAAUGGAUCAGGGUCUGCCGAAGAUUCUAGAAGAAAUGCUGCCGCAUUUAUCACCAAAUGAAAGGUUCUGGGCAGCCACGGCUGCUCAGCCAGACAUGAACUGGAUGUGUGAGAAGACGAGCUCAAUGUGGUGUGUCAACGCUGGAUAUGAACUCCCAUUUGAGUGUGUCUCAACGUCAUCGACACUUUGUUCUUCUUCACUUCUGCCGACAUCCGAAGACAAUCUGAACCAGUCUGGAAUCUGGCUCCUGAAGAGCACGGCAGUCGGAAUCCGAAACUCAUUUGACCCCUGGUUCUAUUGUGUCAUACACUUAAUCGACAGUCCGCAGUACCUGAAGAGUCCAGGUUGUAUUGAAGCUGUGAACCACGCUUGGAACUUCGUAAGCACCAGAGUUGGUUUGAUGUUCACGUUUAUUGAGCAAUUGACUCCUCAAGAAUUCAGCAAAGCGACGUUAACACGCACUCCGAAGCGUCCUAACCCGAUCAAUGAUUACUAUCUCUGCGUGUGGAGAAAUUACAUAACAUUGGCAUGCGGAGGUUGGACCUCAAAUAGUCUACGAAUUAACCAGCCGGAAGCCUCUCCUAACACGUCGCCUCCAACGGGAGAUAAUCAUAAUAGUAAUGCAGUUCCAUCAGUGAGAGUAGAGAAACGAGAGUCCAUUGGUCAGAUGUUGCGCAAUGUGCUCAUUCCGAUUCUACGAGGAGAGCACAUACAUCUGAAGGAAGUGACGGUGCAAGCUAUUGGCUUCACAAACUCGCAAGCACUCAAAGAUAGCGUCGAAGAUUUCUCCAACAUAGUGAAAGAGGCAACUGACAGAAGACCAGACAAACGCCGCAUCAAGAAGCGAGCAGAACUCCGAUUGAUGGUUGUGCGCAUCUUCGCUAAAAUAUCUGAGCGAGGCGUAAUAUCUCAAUGCCUGUUUGAACACACUGACCGGACCAUCAGUCCUAAAUCUAGUACAGGUAAUCCGGUUGCUAAUUUUUUCUACGAUUUGAUCGACUCAUACCGACAGUGCCUGGACCAUCCGAAUUCGGAAAUGGCCGAUGGAGCUCUACGAGAAGCCAAAAUAAAGUACUCGAAGUUGAUACACUUCAUGAUCGAGACGGCGCCGGAUGUGAGAACUUCGAGGACUUUCAGCUCUGAGAUUCAGAGGGCUUUGUUUGAUUCGACAAGUGCGUGGUGUGGUACUUUGGGAAAAAUAGCAAAUGGAAAAUCCCCACCUUCUACUGAACAGACAGCUUAUUCCGACGUGGAGCUUGCAGCUCUUCAGGCGAUGUGCUCGGUGAUUUCAAGUGAACCCGACGAACGAAACGCUUUUCUGUGUGAAGACAGUUACAUCUACACCGGACUGCAAUACAUGCUGAUGUCGAGGAACUCACUGGUCUACAAUUUGGCAUGUGGUGCAGUCGAGCGACUCUUUAAAAAGAAUUCCCACAACCCUGUGCUGCUGAGGUGGUUGUUCCACCAGAGUUUUGAGCUCAAGUCUUUGGCGAUCAGUCACGCUUGUUUCCGUACCCUUAUUAAUGUCUGUUCUGAAAUGCCGCAUUCUAAACUGCAGAGUCUUGACGUCAAUGCAGCUUCAUUCGUUCUGUUGGCGCUCUUUUUUGCAGAUAGCAGUGAUUUAUGUAUUCGAGAAAAAGCGCUGCAGUUACUGUACCUUCUAGGAAGUAAGGUUCUUGGUGUAAUUGAUGUUAUCGCUGUUUCGGUCGACAAUAGUGUUCGACCACCAGGAAGUAAUGUUCACGUCCUGAAUGUGGGUAUCGAGGAAGAGGAACUAGAUCGAUUUCUCACGCCUGACGACAGAGUUGGAGCUGGGUUCGGAAUAAUGGAUGAGUCAUUCCUUGCUGCGACACCGGCUGCUUAUUACAAAACACAGAAACAUUUGUCCAAAGAACUGAGUCGUACGAGGCCCGAACUUACUCUUGGGAUAUUGUCCGAACUAUCCUGUCGAUUUGAAAUGACAUCUGCUGCUGGACGGGAGACACUGUUAAAAUGCGUUCUUCCCUGGAUGGAAAACAUCGAACUUGUCGAGCCCUCCUUCAUACCAGCGGUUAUUCCCCUAACACCCCUCGCUUCAUCCAACAAACCCAAGUUACCCCAACCGCCUUUCACGAGCAGAAGCUACCAAAAGUCAAGUUCGUGUAAAGAGCCGGCCUUGCAUUUCACACCUCUGAGUUGGGCAACGGGGUGGGGCUCAACGUCGGCGACGGAUACUCUUCUGACAAAUUUGUUCUACAUCACUGUUAAAUUUGGCUCGGAACAUUCGGACUCGCUUAGAAAAAUUUGGCAAAGUUUGUGCAAUAGCUUCCACGAAAACUGCGCGAUAAUUCUGAGGUUAUUGUUGCAAAUGGUUGCAAUUUCAUCGCGUUGUUCUAGUCUGCUAGCUGCCGCAAAAAUGGUAGUAGCGUUUAUGGCUAAAGGCAGCAAAGAUCACGUGAUAGCUUUUCUGCUGUCAGAAUUGUCAUAUAUUGACGCGAUUCCAAACUCGGUCAAGAAAUCAACCUCUUGUCCUUUUUUCACAGUCGUCAGUGGAUCAACAGGCAGUUCGAACUCGCACAGUAGAGCUAAAUCGGACUCGACUGUAAUGCAGAUUCCGUCGACGCUAACAACAAUAACGACAAGCACCCUUCCUGUAUCGAGUAAGGUGUCCAGCAUUGUGGACGCUCAAACGGCUCUGGUGCAGAAGACAAGCAGAGAGAAACAUUCGACUCUUCCACCAGAUUUCUACCAGCCGCCAACACUUGGUCCAGAGAAAGCGGUGAGUGUGCCAGCAGUUGCUCACAUGACUGCCUCGUCUUCCCUGUCGAACGUAAACAAGAGCGGAGAAGACAUGACUGCAGGCACUAGUGGGGAAUCCCACAAUGUCGAACUGAGUCCUUCUACUAGCAGUAACACUGGGCAUCCGACUGGUAGUUCUCGAGUAGCGUCGGCAGAUGAUAGCCUACAAGUGUCUGAGCGCAACCACUGGCUCCUCGCGUGGAAAGUGAGCUUCAACCGAUGCAACGAACGACAGGCCAAAUCCCUCCCGAUGCCAGUGGAUUUAUUCGUCUGUCCUCUGGCAAAACUCAUUCUGAACUCCUCGUCCGCACAAGUUCCAUCCGGGCAAAACACAGUGGAUGUCAAUGCUAAUAGCAACAGUAACUACGCCAGUGGAGUCUACGCACUUCAGAGGUGCUUCGCAUCUUUGGUACUAUGCAGCCAUCUUUUGAUAACAGAUUUUGGGUGCGACUGGACACCUCAUAUAACCCAGUUUUUGCAUCUUUCGAUUCUGGGUUUGGACCAUGGGCUGCCUGUAGUCGUGAGUCACUCCAGAAGAACUCUGAUAAAUUUGGUUCUGACUCAGCUGGAAACUGACGCAGAUGCCGCUUCAAAGACGCUUCUGCUUAAGAGCACUGACUUGGUUGUGUCCACUUUGGCGCCUCCGCAUUUGCAUAGGUCGGAGUCUGAGCAUCAUGAGUACAGCUUCACCGAAAUAACUGAAAACGAUAAUCCGCCUGCGCGAUUAGCCGAAUACCUUUUGCAGAACAUAAGUCAGCCACUUUGGACGCUAGAAGACGUGUCGCCACGAAACCAGACUGUAACCAGUGCGAAGAAAGUGAGCGCCUUUGUGUCGCUUUUGAUUCAGUUGUUUGAGAACCACUUCAACGGGGAGGUUCCGUUAGCUUAUGACGUCAGGAAUGAGUGGGCUGCUCUCAGCUUGAAAAUGGCUUUGUCGUCAUCGUCACGACAUUACGCCAGCAGAUCAUUUCAGGUCUACCGUGGACUUGAAAUUGCUCCUUUAUCCAGUGAUGUAUCGGAAAUUCUCAUGCGGCUAAAUGACACUGUCGGCGAAGUGGGCGAGGAAACUCAAGGAUACGUAGUCGAGAUCAUGCAGACACUGGUCAAAAUAUCUUCUCUGAUUGUGGAUCAACCUGAGUUCAUUCCUCAGCGACCAUUGUCUCUUUUUACUAGCACUGGUCAAGCUAAACAUUCUAACCGAAAUACAAGCUUAAGCGCCCGAGCAGCUAAAUCGACCGUUGGAUCCGCACUGAACUACCGCAAAAAUCCAGCUCAAACGCAUGCCGCUGUCCUAACGAGUAGAAAACCUACCGAGCUGGACGUGUUCUACCGUCGAACAUGUUCAUACAACGGACCGGCAGCUGAAGCGUUGAGAAGCAAUGCGUUCGACCUUACAAGAACAGCCGAGAGACGGCCAGAAGUUCCGCUCAACUUUAGCUCGACGCUCGAUAGUCAUCAGAGAUUGGAAAUGAAAAGGCGAGACCUGAAAGCGAGAAGUCAAUGCCUUCCCCGAGACUUUGGCGACACUUUGUUGUCACGCAGAGGUGGGCACGGAAUAUUUGACGAUAAGCUGUCAAUCUUAUGUCAAGUUUUUUGGGCUGUGAUAUCGAUGCUGGAGUCUGAUUUCGAGUAUGAGUAUGUACUUGCUCUGAAAUUAUUGGAACAGUUGCUUGGAGGUCUGAAGCUGGACAGCGGAAGACACCAGAAUGCGUUGUGCCGUGUAUUCCACCAGAUGAAGUGGUCGAUGUUUUCGGGUCUGCAGCCUCUGGUUUUGAAGGGACUGACGCUCGCUACUGCACUGCCCUUGACAAACAAGAUCCUAAUCAAGUUCACACCGUGUCUGCAAAAAGUAUCGUUUUUGGAUUCAAAUCAAAGAGGCCUCGUGGUGAAUAUCCUGUCUUUGCUGCCGAUGUUGUUUGAGUCCUACGAUGAGCCAUCAGAAAUGCAUCUGGAGUGCGCAGACUCAAUCGCCUCGGAGUGUAAUAAAAUGUCAGACAACGUCAACGCCACGGCUCCAAGUCGACCCACAACUUCGACAUCAGUGUUGUCUGUCUCUGCAUCUACUUCUCACAUAGACGAAGAUACAAUUUCAGUCACAAGUGCAGCCACUGGAACAGUCAACGCUAUAGCCGCCGCCUGGAACAAUUUGGCGACUGUUAUGCGAAUGUACAGUCGCCAGACCGAUGUUAAAGACAGUGUCUCAUGGCUUGGAGCUGUGUGUCAGUAUCUAGGCGAGGCUGUAUACCAUAGACUAGUUUCACUAAUCAGCUAUCUGAGCGAAUUGCUGGAACGUGGUCCAACGUCAUACCAGAAUUGUCUGCUCCAUAUGAUUUGCAGUUUCAUCCAGAUCAUCGACUUGCAGAAGUUGCCGAAAGAGAGAUUCAACACGACGACAGUGCAUACUUUGCUGCACAGGUUUAUGCUGCAAAAUAAUCCGGAGUGGAAAAGUGCGCUUACAGCUCUGAAGUUAAUUGUAACCCGAAGCUCAACACUUUGCUCGCCGAGUUCUAGUCAGAGGCGUGUAGAGCAGAUUACAUCUGCAAUCGAAGAGGCGGUCAUUUAUCGCCGACAGAUUCCGGGACGUACUCUGUCUUUUUCAUAUAACUUCCCCGUUCCUCCUAUAGGAGGCUGUGCUAGUGUUGCACAAACAUUGGCGUCACUAACGAAAAGUGUUCCAGUGACUUCCACGGCUAAUUCGAACAAAAGUGCAGAUUCCGAAUCCGCGUCGCAGCUUGCGACGCCUUCGAGGAGGAAGUCAAGUUCGGAUGCGAUAAAUAACUCGUUCAGUGUUGACGCUGAUGGAAAUCCGAAACCAAAUUUAAGGUCCAUGACGUCUGUUCAACUGUGCCAGGAAGCUGCUAGUAAUGGCAAUAAACUACAUGCUGACUUGAGCAACACGGCUGCUGUUCAAAGUACAGUAGUAAGCAGGAGUCCGUCUGUUGUUCUUGGUCGUCAAGUAUCGGUUGGAAAUGCAUCGAUUAAUGAAUCUCAGAACUCUAAUUGGAGACGACCAUUUAACUCGCAGAAACGUGUACGCGAUAAACUGGCAGGCGUCAUUCGUUCAUUCGGUCGAACGCCCGCGACGUUGGCAAGGACGCCCUCAGUUGUGUUUAGUUCAACAACUGAUGUAGAUUUCCAGACAGUUGUUUCGGCUAACUCGAACAUUGGAGCCGGAAGCGCAGCGUACGAGAAUCAGAUUCAGUCACAUCCGCCGAGUUCAAUGGGAAUGGGUAAUGGCGAAAGUACUCCAGCUGCAGGAACCACAGGACAUGGUUCAAUAGAUGACAUGCAUAAUAUUACAGGCAUGGAUCUGGGCACGCCUUCUGGACGAGAUGGAGAUACGGUAUCGUUGGAUGUGUUCGCUGAUUUUGACUUUCUGGAUAACUCCGAAUUCGAGGACGACAUCCCAUUUCCUUUUGGACUGCGUCCGUCAGAGUCUUCGAUGCCACCGUACAUGGACGCUCAGACCCCCAAAUGCAGUUCACAAUCAGUCGGCAAACAGCUAUUCGCAGAGAGUGGAAAUAAUGCAAGUGACAUGGAAGAGAUCGACCAGACUCUGACUUCGACAAAUCACCCGAAGACAGGUGGACGCGUUCAGCUCAUCAGCCCACACGAUGGAGUAAACAUAGACGAGUCAAGCGAAGAGGAAGAAGAGGACGAGGAGGAGUCGGACGAGGACGAAGUGGUCCACGACGACGACCUCGACUCCAGUGGCGAGGGAGAUGACAACAGUGGGGACAAUGAUGAGGGGGAGGGGGGACACAGCAGAGAGAAUGUGGUUGAGUCGUCUAAUGAGGCUAUAGAUUCUACUGAUCAGAAUAGACUGCUGCCCUAUUCUUCUUCAUCCUACUCAGCCGCUGGGCGUAUUCAUAGCUCACCCACAAGGGAGAUGGAGCUGGGAGGGAGUCUGCAGCCUACAGCCUUUCUCAUUCUAUCGCCUCAAAUGGACAUGAUAGACAUCAGACUGUUCACACUCAACCUGCAUGACUUCCACUUCUACUGGAUCGAGGCUGUCAAUGAUUUCUUAUCGCCACCGCUGCAACUGCAUAACUUGAACACAACGGCAAGGAAUGACAACAACGCCACGCAUUAUUCUGGUGUAACCUCUGGCGCAGACCCGGAAGACGAGGAGAGCGAUGUGCUGAAUAGUCUGGUAUCAUCCCCCAGUGCGAAUGCGAACAGAGGGUGUCUUCUCGAGAAUAGUAACCUCAUUGUGCACACCAUGCCCUCGCUGUACCUGUUCCUGCUUAGGUUUAUACAGGACUAUUCUCAACGAGGCCUGACAAUCCUCUCAAACUGCACUGAGUGCGCGAUCUCUACUAUCCCUGAACUAACAGGUCUUUUCUCUACCUUGAAGUCCUGUUUUGAGACUCUCAUUUCUGCCCAGAAGUUCCUUCCCGUAGUGAUGGUUAGCUCGUCCUGGAAGCAGCAGGUGAGUGGUGCUCUGAGUGAAAGGCAGAAGAGAGCCCUGGAGAAGAAUCUGCGACAGUUUGUGCUGGAGAGCUCGGAGGCAGUGUCCACUCUAACCACUGCAAUCGACACCACCUCACACACUAGCUUUGGCCAACUGCGUGAGCUGCAGUCUAGUAUUGAGCAUGUGAACAGAAGCGGCACUAGUGAAAGAGAGGAAGGAGGGGCCAUUGCUGCAAGGGAGGGGGAGGAAGUGCAGCGACGGAGGCUGUGUGUCGAGUUAGCAGAGGGUCUAGUGAGGAGCCACAUGCAGAUUAGCUUGUUGUUCAACCAGAUUGACAAACUUUACAACACUGUGCUGGAGGCCAACGCACAAGCGCCUGCAAUGUCAAACACCAACAAGACAGUAGACGUGUCUCGCAGUCUGAGGAUGUUUGCUGAGUUCUCGAGGACGAGCAAUGAUACGACAAGUUUGUCCAAUACUUCCCCCUCGCAUGCAAGAACAGCUACCGUUAGCAGUAUUCAGAGCAGCCAAGGAGAUAAUUGCAUGGAAAUACUAAACAAAUUGUUGGGAGGAGAUUCGCCCACCACUCAAGACUUCGUUUUUGCUGGCAACAUUGUACGAUGUUUCAGAUCCUCUUCUGUUGGAAAUAUGGGUGUCGAUUUCACUGAAGUGACAGAAAAUGACCAAUGGGUCGAAGUGGCAGCUGACAGACUGAUAUUGAUGGCCAUGAUAUGGAAUUUUCGAGUCAAUAAGAAGACCCAAGGCCAGCCAGAUGCUUCGUCUUUUGCGUGUGUGAUGCUGGACGACGAGACUAAAUGGCUGGACCAGAUAGAUUCGAUUGGGGCGAACAGUGCCAGACUGAGGACCCAGCUUGCGUCUCUGAGUCAUAAACUGAUCGCAGAUAUCUCCACAGAGGUCGCUCAACAAGAACACUCCAAGACAAACUCUCUCUUGUCUAAUACAGCUACGGCUGCUGCUGAACAACAACAACCUUCGACAACAGGUGCUCAGCAGAUGUUUUCCAAUGCAGGAAAUUUAAAUGUAACCCAAAUCAGUUCGAAUCCAAGAAUACAAUCGCGACAAAGUGAAAGUCGUGAAAGCGCCCAGAUGACAACUUCGCAUGCAACAGUGGUAUCGUAUUUGUAGCACGCAAAAAACUGAUUUGACAGACUUUGAUUUAGCAUAAUUUUAACUUUGGUAUUGAUUGAUUUUUUUUUAAAUAACACCCAAAUGAACUAUUUAAUAAUUCUGAUUAUAGACCUUAGUUUAGCUGCAGCUAUAGUCUCAUUUAGUUGAUUUCACCAAGCUAAUGUAAAGAUUAGUAAUUGAUGUAUUUUGUUCAA